AUGACGAGCAGGCCUACGAUGGUGGCUACUCAGAAUCGGUGCAUCGAUUCACCAAUAUGGGGACGCACAUACUCACCUGCAGGCUUUCCUGUAAGUGACCAAAGCGAUACAAGGUCUUCAGGAUCAGCAUCCACCUCCGACAGAUGUAUUCGGCUCAGAGCAGGCCAUUCAAUGCCGUGUGGGUUGCCCUGGUACGAGUUCAAGCAAGAGCCACCACCUCACAACACACCCCAUCCCCCGAGCCCAGAUGCAGUGACACCGUCUUACGUCCUUCAGGAAGGCGCUCCACGGGUUUGGAGGGGUGCAGGGGCUCCGUUGUCUCAAGGGGGAGGAGUUCGCUGUGCAUACGACUCUUACAUGUCCUCCCGAUCCAGUGUUGUCUCAUUGGUCACUCCCAAAGAUGUCAGGAGGGCAUGCCGUACGCACAUAAUCAAGCAGAUAUCUUUACCUCAAAGACCACCAGUUUUUCCCCACAGUUACAAUUUCAGUGGUGGCUCGUGCGCCCUGGAGACAACAGGGGUUGAUAGUGGCACUGUUCCUCCAGUCCGGCGUAUUGAGCCCCCUGUGUUAUUCAGCUCCUUUUUUGACAGAAUGCAGCUUGAUCAUAUUGUAGCUGCAAAGGAGAAGAUAUUGAAAAGGGUUAAGAGCCGAAAUGCCGAGGGGGCAAUUAGCUUUGACCCCUCCUCCGACAGCAGCAUCUCUGAAAACUGCCGCGCCUCCGUCAACCCAGCAUUACAGCUUAUGGGUGCAGUGGAUCUUCGCAGCUUGUAUAACCGUUAUCAGAAAAGCGAGGGAUGCCGAGCCUCGACGAGCGACAGAGAAACAUCAGCUUCUCAAUGCACAGCUGAGCCAUCGCCAUCGGCGUCCGAUUCUGAGGUUGAGACCUUUGUGCCACAGGAGAAAGUCUUUCGAACUGAGGCAGCUGCAAAGCUGGCUGCAUCUCCAGCAGCAAGUAAGAUGUCUUCCCAUGCUGCUGCUACUGUCGGAAUGCGUGUUAUGACUGUGUGGCCCAAACAGGCCGACCAGCAGCGCCCCGGCUGUCGUGAAAUGGAGCCGAACAGCCCAGCACAGCCACGGCAGUCAAGGUCUUCGAGCCGUCGCGUUUGUCGAAUAACAUAUAGGCGUCGGGACGACGCAACAAGCCCACCCCCUGAUCUGCCCCGUCACGCACUUAGCAAGGUUGCCGCAGAGGGGUCGUAUACUCACAUGAUUCCGGUUUCGGGGAAUGGAAAUAUGAAGGGACUCAUUUCCUGCACCCCAUUUGCAUGGGCGGCCAAAACCCGCCAUCCGGACCACGCAUCCGCUCGUGUUGUUGAGUCAAUGGGCUAUCGGUAUUUUGUGUUCAAUCUCCCUGAAGAAGAGAUGAUCAACAGCGUUGAUUUCGCGCUGACGUCGUGCAUUAGCCAGGGGAGCUUUGGGACGGUGUACAAGGCCCUCUGGAAGGGUGAGGUAGUGGCUAUUAAGCAAGCACAUGGCAAAAUGACACUGGAAGCAAUGAGAUCGGUUGCACGAGAGAUCAACUCCUACCGCAUGAUUCAACACCCUUACAUUGUUCGGUAUUUUGGAGUUUGUAUCGAUCAGAAUUUUGUAGGUCUGGUUACUGAAUAUUUAGAUGGUGGGAACAUAUUUGAUAUUUUGUACGAGAAUAAAGCGAAUAUUCCUGCCGGUAUUCGACUAAAAAUGUGUAGGCAGCUCAUAGAAGCAGUGCAUUUUUUGCACACGGAGAAGCGCCUUGUCCACAGAGAUCUUAAGACAGCUAACCUUGUCGUCGACCAAGAUUACAACAUUCGGCUUUGCGACUUUGGCAAGACACGGUCAUUAGAGCAGCACGGAAAGCUUAAAUUGGAGGACAACGGAGGGUCUCCCCGCUAUAUGGCUCCUGAAUGCUUCGUGGAAGGCAACUACGUGGAUGAGAAGCUUGAUAUUUGGGGGCUUGCAUGCUGCCUAAUUGAAAUACUGGGGGGUCCGAUACCCUACGAAGACAUACACUCUAACGAGGGAGUAAUACACGCGCUCUUGUACAAUCGUCGCAAACCUACCGUUCCUGCCUGGUUUCAUCCAAGCGUUCGCACAACGCUGGACAGUUGCUUCACAUGGAAUCCCUGGGAGCGCCCAGAUACGCAACACCUCAAGAAUGUGUUCGACAAGUUGACACCUAGCGAACUCAAUAAGUAUGGCAUGAACCUUAAAAGAUCAUUUUUUUAA